AGGACCUGUAUGCAGUCCAGUUGAAGGUUGUGUACUGUUAGUGUGAGCUCUCAUACUGCCCUGCAAUGCCCUGGCUUUGGAGCUGUGUGCUGCUGCUGCUGGUGAGUAUACUGUUAGCAGUGUCUGUGAGCUGGGAUCAGCUUGAUGGUACUCAGGAAACAGAAUAGAAAGGGCAUAUUGUAUACUCUAUAGAACAAUUAGAACGUUUACUGUAGCUGGUGGUUGUUUACAAAUGGCUUAUUUUUUAUAUAUAUAUUAUUUUUUGUGGGAUUUUUUUUGCUUUUAAUGCAAAUACAGUUUUAAAACGAUAUUUAUUUCAUCAUGAUAUUUACUGCCUUUUAGUUCUCUGCGUUUAAUGGGGUUUUCAGUCUUUUGUAGAUAGAGACAAUAGAUGCACUGCAUUAAGCAUGGUGUGUGUUAGAAUGUAGCUGUUCCUGUGUGUUAUUCAGACUGCACUGUGAGUUUUACAUAAAUCUGGGGAUAGUAAAAGCACUGUGUGGAUGCUAAAGAAAACUAACUUGGUUAAUGUUGCUGAUUCUUAAAGAUAAAAACCUAUUGUAGCCACACUGUGUGAUAUCUCUUUAGAUUGCAUGAGCUAACACAUUGUUAUUGUUUACAUUCAAAUCUAUCAAUAUUGAUGUUUUACUAUUUAAAACAGGUUAAGGUGUGUCUCUUUCUGUUAUAUUUGCCCUAUGCCUGUUGUUAAAUAAAAUAUAUAGUGAUUUUUAUACUAAGUUUAAUCAUGUAGUGUACAUAUAGCAUGUGAAUUUGGAUACAGUAUUGCUUGUUAACUCAAACUGUGUUCAUUUUCAUCAUUUUGUGUCCCAUUCUUCAAAUUCAAGGUUUUGAAUUCAAGGUUAAAAAAAGGAUUAAAAUAAACGAUGCUAAAAAAUAUCUUGAAUUGCUCAUCAUGCAUCCAAAGAGUGUCUGCUGCAAUGGGGAGGGAUGGGACUACAGUGAACUUAUUGUUGGGUUCUGUUUGAUAAACAUGAUGUGCCUUGUUCUAAUGGGACCUAUUUUUUCAUCUUUUUGGGGAAAGUGGGUUUUGCUGCAAUAAUUGUUUAUUCCUAUGCAUAUGUUAGAUUAGUCAGCUGGAUAAAUCAUCUACUAUGUAGACACAUUAUUUACCAAUUCAGAUUUAGUAAGACUGUCAUGAUUCAUUUCUGUCACUUGCAAGGUAACAUAACAUAAACCAAGUACUUUAAGAUUACAACAAAAACAAUGAAUCUGCAAAUGUACCCACUCCAUAGCAUGUAACAUUAUGAACUUUUAACUAAUAUUUAGCUAUGUGCAAGUUGGUCACUUUUCCAUUUCCCCACCCCAUAUUUCUGUAGGCUUUCAACCAAUGUAAUGCUGUUUUAGAACACAGCUUUUUUUUUUUUUUUUUUUAAGCCAAUAUCUGGGUUGGGAAGGAUGAGAAUGAAGCACUGACCAGCUAGACAGUUGUUUUGGUCGUCAGUCUCUGCAUGUGUUUACUAGUUAAAUUUUGAAAAUGUCAUUAAUGAAAGUGUGUGGACACUGAAAGCCAGUAGACACUGCUUUGUGUGGUUACUCAGAACACACAGAGUAGCUUCAUUUAUGUUUUUUUUCAUGCGUGUUAAUUACUGCAGCUAUACUGAUUUGGAAGACACUGGAUGAUGGGAGACAGAAACUGGUACAUUGGUACUGCAUGUAAUGUCUCCUUAAGAAACUCUUCCCGCUGCUAUUGCAACAAAGACAUGAAACUAUCAAAUAACUCUCUUUGUGUCCACAGCUGCAAAUACAAUUAAUGAGGUCCCCCGCGCAAAAAAACAAAACAAAAAGAGUAAAAAGUGAAUGGAUUAGAUAAUUAUUCCUGUGCAAAGCUUGGAUAUUUAUAGUUAAAAUGAAUGAUUGCCCUUUUUGUACAUUUUGUGAGAACAUAAUUAUUACAGGUCAAACAAGGCCUCAGAGAACAUUUACAGCCAGUAAAUUCCUUAAACCUCACCUAAUCAAUCACAGAUAGGAAUUUACCUUGGAUUUUCAUAGAACAAUAACGUAUAUAAAACAAGUACAAAUUGAUGUUUACCAAGGUGAGAACUAAUCUAGUUUUUUCCGUACUGAAAGAGCAUUUAAUGACAAAACCAGGUAUUGGGGGUAAUAGACAAUAGGACUGCACAUUGUAAGCCAAUUGCUAUUUUUAAUUCGAAAUAUAUGAUUCCUUUCCAGUUCUCUACAAGAUCUGUUUAGUGAAUAGUUGCCCAAAAAGUUAAGAGACAUGGAAUGCAACAUUAAAGUUUUGGUUGUUCAAUAUUUGAUGCUUCUGAGAAGAAAAAUCCACGCAUCAAAGUAACGUGUGGUUCAACUAAUUUUUUAAAUAUAGAUUUAAGGAUUUUAAGAAAUGUUAAUCGUGUUUUCAAAAUAAACAUGAAAUAAAUGUGUAGGUAAGAAGCCUUUAUUUAUAUAAACCAGGCACCUAGAAUAUUUAUUAAAUUCAUUCUCUCAUCUCCGUGCCAAUAGAUCUUAAAAUAAAAGUACUGUGUUCUAAAGCUUGCUUUGGAAAAAAAAAUGAGAUGCUAUUUGGGAAUAGUUUAAUGUGCUUCACUGACUCUGUCACCUCAUGUGAACUUUGCUUAGCUCCCAACAGUACCGGGACCAGUGUGACAGUACCAGUUUGGAUCUCUAUAUCUCCACCUUGGCUGUAUUUUCCUUUAUCCCACUUUUGGAUCACUUUAGGAUCACAAGUACUCAGAGAAUUUGGCCCAUAGCAGAGUGCUUCAACAGCUACCCUGAUUGGGGCUGUCCAGCAAGGUGACCUUUUACAUACCCCCAACAUUGGGCGAUAUGAAAUUAAUAUGGGGGUGAGCCCCAUUCCACUUAUACCACUUGUGUCACUGGCAUCACCCUAUGAGUAGACACAACCAGAGAGAAGCACGGGUGUACCUAUAGAAGGGGUGUGUCAGCUUGACAUCACUGGUAUGCAAAGCAAAUUAAAAUAAUUAGCAAAGUUGAGAGGGCAUAGUGAGUAUGACAAUUCUCAAUGGCUCUAUUUUAGCCCAUGCCAAUGGAAGGGAUAUUGGAUUCUAGGUUUGUCGUCCAUUAGAUGUCAGAAGCUGCAUAUGGUCAGCCAUGGUAUCUCAUGAGCCUCAAACUCAAAUACCAUUGCUGUUUAGUAGCAUAGCUGGAAUCCUGUCACUGGUAUGGCUAGAUAGUCCCUUGCGGUCUCCAGUAGAGUAGUAGAAUUUCUUUUAGAGAGUUGUGGUCUUCCGAAUCUUUCACAAUAUGGAGAACCAUCCCUCCAAGGGGCAAAGAAAGAACAGGUAAUUAAUGCCCAGAGAUAUAUAAAUGAUAGCAAUUUACAUUUCUUUUGGUUCAUGAACUAUCAUGCAAUUAUAUUUAAAAAAAAUAAAAAAAUGGUAGUUAUCUACUGUGUAAAGAUCCAUUCUGGGCCAAAGUGCUAAAAGUAAAGUAAUCACUUAGUGAAACAGUGGACGGUUCUUGUUCAUCUAUGUUUAAAGACUGUCUCAAAGUUGCUCUUGAUUUCAUUACUUUACCCUUCAUACACUCUAGCCCCUCUUUAUGUAUCCCAGCGUCCUCUCCAUGUCUCGCAGACCUCUUAACUAUGUAUCCAGUCUCCCUCAUGUGUUCCAGCUCUCCCAUUACACAGCUCCACUGCCUCCGCAUUUCUCGUCCUAGCUCCAACAUUGUAUCUCAGGCCCCCUUUCCUCUUGUCAAUCUUUUCUUUUAAUAUUAUCAUAUUUUGUUGUUGCACAUUUCGUAAUGGACCCAACAACCAAGACAACACAAGUCGAGUCACAUUGAUACGAGUGCACCACCUAAACAGACUAAACUACCAAGUCCCACUACACCUCUGAUUUCAGCACUUGCUAGUUACUUUUCUAUAGCCUUUUAAAGAAUAAUCGAUUUGUUUGCAUGUUGCAAACCUCAAGUGAGGUCUCAUUGACAGGCUGGCAUCAACAAAUCAUGUCUUUGUGUAGCACGGAUCUACACCACGUCUUCUCCAACUAAGUGUGCCGUAUAUACACUGUUGCACCACACAGAGGGGGAGAUAUCACAGAUAGCAAAGAUAAGAGUGUGCAAAGCUGCCAGUGUAUUGAAUGUACAGUUUGAAUAAUUAGAGAAGAGGGCCGGGUACUUUCCUACUGUCCUGAUUCAUCUCAGAUAAAGGCAAACUGUACUAUAAAAUAAUCUGAAAUUCCUUUCAAAUUAAAAAUGUGUUUGGAUUAUUGUAGACGAGACAUUUACACGUUUCCACCUUUAAUAAGCUGUAUUGGUUAUUGUUCUUAAAGUGUCCAUUGUAUACAAUGACACAAUUCUAGACCAGGGGUAGGCAACCUAUGCCACGUGUGCCAUGCCAGGCACUCGAGGUGUCUUUGCACGGCACUCAAGGCUGCCAGAUUCAAACAGGCUCUGGCCUAUCAGGAAAACUUGAAAUAUCAGUGAAACUUCAGAUAUCUGCUAAUAUGAAGAGGUGGUGAAGGAAAAUUCUCAAUUUAUGCAUUGCAGUACAUAGAGGAAGUGAUCUCAGAGCACUUCCUCCCAGCACUUAUGAAUGGGAAUCCACACUGUAGUAGAGCAACUGCUGUUGCAGCUCCUGUCCUUAACCUGUACCUGGCCAGCCUGGUCCCCACUGGACCCCAGGGAAUCCACCCACACUGCUAGAUAUACACAAAAAUGCUGUCACAGAUGGCGGUCUGAAGACCGGGACCCCUGUGCGCCUGAUGUAGAUGAUAGGAGUCUCAGCGUGGAAGUGGACAAUCAGGGUCUGGUGUAGGGUAACCACACGCCCCCUGGUGUUGAGCACCGGUGUUUGUGCAGCCACAUACCGGAACCCUGAUGCAGUUUAAGUGGAUGCCAGGAGCUAGAUGUUAUGCUGAUUUGUAUCCAGUACUAGAAACAAGACAAGACUAGAACAGGCACCAAACAAGAUAAGAUAAGACUAGAAGAACUCAGAACCAGAGAAGGACAGAAAGCAGAACCCAGAACAUGUACACAAUACAUGAGGGAAACAUUAACAGGACAUGGGCAGAACAGGACAGGACUGUACAUGAGCUGGGAAUACAAGACAAAAUAAAACAAGACAAGAGAUACAAGGCAAAAGAAGAGGGGACAUAACUAACUACUAUAUAUGUAAUAAACAUUGGAGAUUUACACAUACAUAAAUGGCCAAGAUGUAUACAGCCCACCACUGUGCCAAAGUACCCCAAUUAUGGUGGGUCCUAACUGCCUAGAUAUGCAUGACUAAAUAAACAAUAAAACACAUACAGUACUUACCUGCAAAGAAAGGAGCAGAGGAAAUGAAACCACUGCCUUCAGGAACAGACAGAAACAAAAUGGAUUAAUGGCAAAGGAAUGGGCGUGGAAACAAAACAAACAAACAUUUAAAGGAAUCAAGGAGAAUGGGAAUUCCAGGAAUGGAAUAAAGGAAUGAACCCAGAAAACCCAGCAUAAAGAAAACCAGACAUGGAAUAGAAAACCUGAAAAACCAAGAAAAACUAAACAAGAAUUGUAAAAAAAAAGUACUGGAUACCAGAAGCCAAGGUCAGACAUCUGAACAGAACAGGUCGUGACAAAUGCACAAUAACCCUCCACUCAUACAAAUAAUACGAACAGCCCACACACAAACAUACACACAAUCCGCACAAACACAAAACAACUAACAAUCCACAUACAUGCACACAACCCCACAUGCAGUCUCUCACAUGCAAUACCCCAAACAGCCCCACACAUACACACACCACCAAACACACUAUGUGACAUAUCCAUCCACACACACAAUUCCACAGACAGCACCAAUACACAGCUCACAUUCACAGGGACACAAUGCCACAAGCUACUCAUGAACAUAUACAAUAUUAUAGCUCAUAUACGCACAAAUACAAUGAUACAAAGCAAUUGCAGUAUAAAUAACACAAGCAGAAUACGGCAACAUACACACCUCAAUUUAAAAAAAAAAAUAGGACCAGCACGCUACGGGCCAUCACAAUCUUAUUUCGGCACAGUGCUGCCAAAAGGUUGACCAUUAAUUCCCAAUAUAAACAUAUAUAGGAACAUCAGUCAGCCUUUCAUUCUGCAUAGCUCAAAGAGAUUGAACAUGUCAUAACCCCUCUCUGUACACUCUACAGGAACCUUUGUGGUUUAUGGUAUUUUACUAGUCAGUCAGGGAGUGCUCUGAACCCACUGUAGGCUACACUUGCAGCCUGCGUUGGCAGCCUGUAUAGCCUUGUAAAGUAUUGUAUAUACAUAAUUUUGUGCCCACAUUCAGAUAUCGUUUUUUUUUAUAUAUCUGUUGGCAUUUAUGGGAAGCUGCAGUUUAAACAAUGCAAGCAUAAUUAGCAGGAAUUCCCAUAAUCUGGGUUUUGGACCAUUUUUAUUUAUUUAUUUUUGUCAUGUCAACGGUAUGUGACAAAAAUCAUAUUUGUGGUUGAUUGCUUAUAUUUUAUUCCCUGUCUGGAAUAUUGCAACUUAUUUUAUCACUCUCUUUAUGUUCAAGAUAAAUGGAAAAAAAUCUAGCUAAAAGUGGAUACAUUUACAGAAUUUGAAUUUGUAAACCGACAUCUCUGAGAUGUUCCAUUUUGUCCUACAAUUAUAUGAUAUCUGUGCAUCUCUGGUUUUCAUCCAUGAAAAUUGAUACUUUGCUAUGUUUAAACGUUUACUUCUUUCUGUACUUCUUUCUGUAACAUCCCUGAGAUAAGGUAGACAUAUUUGUUUACAUACAUAUGUUUAUAUUCCCUUAGAACACUUGUUUUCUUGCGGUGUUCUCUUCCCCUGUCCCCCUUUGAAUAUGUCCAUAGGACACAGCAUGGAGUCCUAACCACAGCCUGUCUCAUCUGUUUAUUAUAAAUUGUUCUUUGCCACAUGGCCUUUACCACAUUUUUUGUGUGUUUAUAUUGCGUAUUUGUUUAACACACAAUAAAUCUGGAAUUAAAGCAUUAAAUUAGAAACCCAGGUGUCCUGAAAGCUUAGAAUUAGUUUCCUCUCAGUUAACAUAUUCAGUUAUUACCUUUUCAUCACUUUUGAUUUUUUUUUUUUAAUCAUCAAAGUGCUUUUAUUUGUUGUGGAAAGCACCAAACCUUUUGACACAAUGUAACCUGCGUUCUGAAGGUAGAAUUACUGUAAAAUUUAAAGUGGCAGUAACUACGUGUGGUCAAAAUUUGAAAGUGAGCAUGAACGUCCCACUAGUGUCAGUGGUAUUCUGUCUGUUGUGGCUCCUUGUUCGCUCGUGUAUUUUUAUCAGCAUUUUAAAUCUGGGUGAAAUGAACUGGAAUUAGAAAAUAAAGUCAGAGAUCAGUGGAGAAUGGGUCAAACGAGCAAGUGGAGUAGCACCCCCAAGUUUUGGUUGCAAUUUUGGAAAUAAGUGGCUAAAAAGUACCUCUUUCUCUUGAUAUAGGCCCCUCAGAUGUGCUAAAUCUGUCCAAACUGAUAUUUUUAUGUCACCCAUUGGCUUUAAACUAGGCCGUCUGAACCCGUACGCCCUGAAAGACAGGCAUGCAUGAUUGCCCAGUAUUUAAGGGCUGUCAUUGGGUAACAGUAUUGUGGGUGGAGUCCGAGCUUUUUAAAGUGAUUGUUGUUUUUCCAGAUACAUGGAUGGAGAGAUUUAUAUUGUUGAACAGAGCAUGAUAUCUCAUUGGAUCAGUGGUGAGUAUAUGGGUCUCAUGGGCAGAACCCAACAAGUCAGAGGCAGAGCAAAAUUCUAAGGGUCAGGAGAAUAUGCAUUCCUGAAUUAUUCUCAUUACUGCUCGUUCCCAGAAAUAAAAAAUCUCUUUAUUGAAAAUCUCCUUAAAAUACUGUAAAUAGACAUGCAAUGGGGAAAAAAAGAUCUUCAGAGCCAACAGGUUUUUCUAUUGUCUAAACAAUAAGGGAAGAACUUCAAUCAAUUGCUAUUAAAUCCCUACAGAUGGUCAACAGAGGGACGGAGGAAUAAUACCUUAAUAUAACUCUCAUAAAUGCAGAAAAAGGCAUACAUAUUGAUAAGAAAUAAAGUAAAAUAUCAACAAGACGUACUGAUAACAUAAAUGUAAAGAAACAAACAAAAGAGUAAAAUAGAAAAAAAAUAUAUAAAAAAUAAAACCUGUUGAGCACAUGAUAUAUUGCAUAAACUAAUCGUUAGUCACACUCGUGUGAAUUUAUGCACAACAUGGACUCAAGCCCCAGGUGUUUCUGGCACCCAGCAAUUCCCACGUCACUGAGUUUUAUUACUGUGGAUUUGUUAGACACACUCUAACAUAUGUUUUUGAUGCAGAGCUCUGUGAUACAUUAAUAAACUCUGUACACUGCUAUGUAUUUUAUUGCAGCUCUGCCGUGCAUUCAUAAAAAAAAAAAAGCCAUUGAUUUGAGGUCUAAUGGCAACCAAUCAGAAUCUGCAUGCAGUUUGGUUGUCAAAUUUGGAUGCUUUAACACGUUUUCUUGUUCAUUAAAGAAAAAUUUGUUCAAUGGAACUGAAACUGAGCUGUCUUGCAAUCUGAGUUUUAAUGCUGUGGAGCUCUGUGAUAGGCUUAUACAUGUUACUGUGAGUUACUAAUGUGGAGCUCUGUGAGACACUAAUAUAUCACACAUUACUGUGACUUUUCUGCCUGUGGAGCUCUGUGAUACACUCUUACAAACUAUAGUAUGAGUUUUUUAAUGAAUUGGCGUUCCAUGAUACACUGAUACAUGCCACACAAUACUGUAAGUUUAUCUCUAUGGAGCUCUGUGUUUUUUUUUUUUUUAUAUUUUGCUUAAACAAUACUUGGCACUGAUUUGAGUACACAACUUUUUUUUCUUUUAUAAACAGGGGAAUAAUAUUGUCUGUAAAAGCCACAAACAAGAGUUUAUGAAAACAAUGAUAAUAGAUAAAAGAUUAAGUAUUGCCCCCUUACAUUGGUCACUUCUGGGGUCUCAUACAGCUUGUUUCUCAGUUGUGCAAUAACAGAGGGGCCCUUGGCCAGUUUAUAUAGCAGACUGAUCUCACACACAAGGGUCCAGUGUCCCCAUUUCAUGUGUAACUGGCGUCAGGUGGUCCAUCCGUUGGCCAGCUGGGAUAUUUCCCAGAAAUGUUACUGUAUUAAAUCAUUCACAAUGCCCUGACCACAUGUCUCACUAAACGGUAGCUGGAUUUAAUUCCCUGCAUUUUUCUGUAUGGCUCUCAGCAGUAAGUGGCAUCUCAGUGAUUGUGGUACUGGAGUGACUAAGUGCAUUCCAUUAUAUAAGCAUCCAUUCAUAACAACAGAAGCACAUUUUGUGAGUUUAUCUCGGUUAUGCAAGCGAAGAGCAGGGGAAUUCAGGAAGGAAAAGGACAAAAGCAUUAGUAUUAAAAAAAACCAUAUAUAUUCAGUAGCUUUUAACUGGGCAUUUGAUAAACCGGGUAUAUACAUAUGUCAUAAAAGAUGCAACAUACUUUUAACUGUUUGAGUACUGGAGAGUUAGCCGUGUUUAUUUUAAUGCAUUUCUCUAGCACCCAGUACCUGUGUAAGGAUUCGUGUCCCCAUAGACAAAGAUCCCUUUUGCCGCCCCCUCAUGAAUGCAGCUACAUUGUCUCAGAGGUUUAUUCACUAAAUUCUGAAUUGCAGUGAUGAGACAUGUAGAGAAUUGAGACGUCCCGGGGACACAUUUAGCGAACACAAUAGAAACCAAAAGAAAUACUAGUACUUCCCACUAGGGGGCUCACUAGUUAUCAAAUGCUCACUCCAAAUAAAAGGGGGUGGGGGGAAAUAGUUUAAACUGCAGAUUAUGAGCUGGAUACACUACAACAUGUAAUAGUACAAUGAGAACUACCUUCCUAUUCCUAUUCCUAUUCAGGAAAGGAUAUAUUUGCAAACCAGCAAAUUAUUAUUAAUAAUAUUAUUGUUAUUAUUUAUUAUUUAUAUAGCGCCAUCAGAUUCCACAGCGUUGUACAAUGGGUGGACUAACAGACAUGUAAUUGUACGUACAGGAACAGAGGGGUUGGAGGGCCCUGCUCAAUGAGCUUACAUUCUAGAGGGAUUAAAUGAAUAAUAAAUAAUAAUUCCUGACCUGCUUGGUUGCAGAUAUAUAUUUUCUCUAUAUAUUUUUCUCUAACUUCUUAAGUAAGUUCUCAUUAAGCACACCGGCCUCAGACAGCAGCAGAAAAUCCUCUCAGUGGGCGCUCCAGGAGAAUGCCUUAUUAUCCUAACGGCAGCACCGACCUUGCAUGCAACUUACAACAUGAUCAGGCCCGGACUGGCCAUCGGGCAUACCGGGCAAAGGCCGUGGGGCCGAGGCCGGCAGGGGAUCUCCCCGGCCGGCCCCUGCAGGGCCAGCGCUAUCCGAGCGCCGGCCCUGCAUAGUGCCUCCGUGGGCCGGUGGGGAGAUCAAAGAUCUCCCUCACCGGCCCACAGACAGUGAGAUGCGGCCGCGCCGGCUGGUGAGGGAGGGAGGACCCGGCGGAGCUCCAACAAGCAGCUCCGCCGGUCCUCUCGCGGGAUUCUGAGCGUUGCCGCGGCAACGCUCAGAUCUCGCGAGAGUGAACUCUAACCCGCAGGUUAAAGUUCACUCUCACCACUGGACCACCAGGGAAGGCAGCAUGGCUCCCAACCCCCCAGGGAGAACUGAUCUUCUCCCUCCCAGGAUAAAGGUAAGAAGGGAGGGGGGGGGAUAUAAUUUUUUUUUUUUUUUUUUUAUUAGUAAAAAAAAUAUUUAAAUUUAAAUUAAAAAAUACAUUCACACACACAGCACCCCCCAGACACAGCACCCCCCAGACACACACAGCACCCAGACACAGCACCCCCCAGACACACACUGCACCCAGACACAGCACCCCCCAGACACACACAGCGCGGGCCCAAGCACCCCCAGACACACUGCCAGACAGCACCCCCCCAGACACACACACCAGCUUUGGACACAGCACCCCAGACACACACACUGCACCCAGACACAGCACCCAUACACAGCACCCCCAGACACACACAGCACCCACAGACACACACAGCACCCAGACACACACAACACCCAGACACAGCACCCCCCAGACACACACAGCACCCAUACACAGCACCCAGACACACACAGCACCCAGACACACACAACACCCAGACACACACAACACACAGACACAGCACCCCCCAGACACACACAGCACCCAGACACAGCACCCAGGCACACACAGCACCCCCAGACACACACAGCACCCCCAGACACACAGCACCCAGGCACACACAGCACCCACAGACACACAUCACCCCCAGACACACAGCACCCAAACACACACAGCAUCCCCCAGAAACACACAGCACCCCCAGACACACACAGCGCACCCAGACACACACAGCGCACACAUAGCACCCCCCAGACACACACAGCACCCAGACACACACAGCGCACCCAGACACACACAGCACCCAGACACACACAGCGCAGACACCACCCAGACACACACAGCGCACCCAGACACACACAGCGCCACACACAGCACACUCCCACACACAGCACACACAUAUAUAUAUAAAAUAACCCUCAGUGAGUUAACAGACAAAGAAAAUUAGAAACCUAGAAUGUGACAGCAGAUAAAAACACCCUCACACACAGCACCCCUCUUACAUACACACACUGCGCCCCUCACACAUACAAUAAGUCAAAAUAUAUAUAUAUAUAUAUAUAUAUAUACACACAUACAUACAUACACACACACACACACACACACUACAGCACCCCUCACCCUGCACCACUACACACGCUCCAGAUACACAUUAGAUCCCUUACCCUAUAUGCACUCUUAAUCCUCUACACACACACACUGGGUCCUUUACACAGUAGAUCUCCUACACACACACACUACAUUCCUUGUCAGCAAACACAUACAACAUUCUCUAAACACACCCUCUCUGCAACCCCUACACACACUACGUCACCUAUACACACACACUUCAGCCCGUAUGCACACACUCGCUGCAUCCCCUAUAAAACUAUGCCCCCUAUACACACACUCUCUACAGCCCCUAGCCACACAUAUUACACCACAAACACAAAUUAAAUUGACCUAUUUAUACAAUACCACACCACUCUCUACACACAUGCAAUCCCACAAGCAGGCUCCAAACAUAUGCACCAUGCACUUUCCUGGCCCUUUUGUCCUCUGGUAUCCCACUUGUGGAAACACCAGAGACAAUUUAAAAGCAAACACAGCACAAGCAUGUUAUUAAAUUUGCUUGCGCUGCGCAGAACAAAUUCAGGGUCUUUUUCUAAUGUCAGAGCUCUUCAGCAGGGCUCUGGGCAUUGAACCAACAUGCUCACUGAGAGGGGGCGUGUUGUCAUUAGUGAUGACAAAACACACACUCUCUGGCCCCGCCCCUUUCUUAGGGGGCCGCUCUGAUUGAAAAAUGCCCGGGCCUAAUUUUUUUCCCAGUCCGGCCCUGAACAUGAUUAAAGGUGUGCUUUAUGUAACAAAAGUCCAAUAGGUUAGUUAAAGGAACAUGCUGUAGUGGGAUAGGCAUAGGGCUAUCUUAGCUAUAAGUUAGAGAAGGUAGAAGCAUGUGGAGUAUCAAUAGGACAGAACAGUUAGGGGGUAACCCUUAAUGAUAAAUUCAAAACAGGAAAGAGAUAUUCUGUCCAAUGGCCUAUGUUAAAGUUAAAAUAUAACUUUUAAUACAAUCGUUAAAAAGCUAGAAAAAAAAGAGGCUAGCUCUAGUUAAUUCACAUGAAGUUAAGUGAACCCCAAAGAGGGGGGAGGAGGGGUAAGAAAAGGGUAAAGGUGUGGGAAAUAUAUACACAGGAUAUAUCGGCUAGUAAUGUCUCUAGGUUAAUGUCUGCAAUGUUGUGCAAGAUACUCAAACCCAAUGUGUGGGAGAGCGCCACUGACAUAUAUUUACCAGAAAAAAAUAAUAAAUAAAGAUAGCAAUAAUAAGAAUAAAUGCCAAUACAACCCAGAGAGAUAAUUAGCCAGAAUAGCUAGUGGAGAGUUCAAUAUCCUGAGUGCCUGGUGCAUGCACCUUGCUUAGAGAGCAAAUCUGUGCCUUCAAUGGCACCUAAAUCUCAGAGGAUAAGCUGCUACAUUAGUUAAAGAUAAAAACUCUAACCAGAAUAUAUAGGUCCGGUAUACAGACCUAAAGGCUAAGGUAGCCGAGAGAUGAAUGCCUUAUAUAAACGGUCUGGAGGUCAGACCGGACAGUAAAUCAGGGUAGCGUACUGCAGGAUAACAAGGGUAUAUUGACACGAUCGAGUUUAGGCAUCAAAAAACUCGAUCACCUGCAGAGUCAAGCUACAAGUCGCUAGUGGAGAGUUAAAUGUCCUGCAGGAUAACACAGCUGCAGCGUCAAGCUACAAGUAGCUAGUCAAGAGUUAAAUAUCCAGAGUGCCUGGUACAGGCACCUAGCUUAGAGAGCAAAUCUGUGCCUUCAAGGGCACCUCACUUAGAGUAGAUAAGCUGCUAUACUCGCUACAGAUGACAACUUAAAACUUAAGUUCAUGUGAAUUAAUUACAGCUAGCCUCUUUUUUUCUAGCUUUUUAACAAUUGUAUUAAAAGUUAUAUUUUAACUUUAAAGGAUCACUAUAGUGUCAGGAAAACAAACUUGUUUUCCUGACACUAUAGUGCCCAAAUGGUUCCUGACACUAUAGUGCCCAGUGUCCCACUCCCUUGGCGCUAAAGGGGUUAAAACCCCUUCAGCAGUUUACUUUAAUCCAGCGCCGGCUCCCACGGCGAUGGUGACCUCUCCUCCCCUGCCGACGUCAGCUCCCAGGUGGAGCGGAAUGCGCAUGCACGGCAGGUGCCGCACGCGGAUUCAAACAGUCCAUAGGAAAGCAUUUCUCAAUGAUUGCCUAUAGACGUUCUGCAUGCUGGAUGCGCCUCUAGCGGCCGUCAGGAAGACAGCCACUAGAGGCUGGAUUAACCCUGCUAUGUAAACAUAGCAGUUUCUCUGAAACUGCUAUGUUUACAUCUGAAGGGUUAAAACCUGAUGGACCUGGCACCCAGACCACUUAAUUGAGCUGAAGUGGUCUGGGUGACUAUAGUGUCCCUUUAACAUAGGCCAUUGGACAGAAUAUCUCUCUCCUGUUUUGAACUUAUCCUAGCUAUAAGAUAAAGCCAGGGACUAAUGAAAAUAUUUAGAAAAUUGGGCAGACAACAUGGGCCAAAUGGUUCUUAUCUGCCGUCAUAUUCUAUGUUUCUAUGUUUGGUUCGAGGUGUGUCCUGAAGCCCAAUGAAGAGCAAUGUAAGCAGUCAUCCCAUUUGCUAACAGUUGAUAACUUACCUGUGGUACGCCUGGUGCCAGUCAAGGCCUCUGUGAAAGCUCUCAGCAUUGAGCUAAACCUGGGGGUGAAGGGUUUAGUUUAUUGGCUGAGAUUGAACGCAGAUUUUCUCAGCAGUGUUUAGUGCAGGAGAACCGGCAGAAGUCUCAUACAGCAGCUUCUGUAUCUCACUGGUGGAAGUAACUGGUGUCCAGUGGUCCUCAGAAAAGAAGUCAAAAUGUUGACUAUUUACAUUGGGGAGUUGUCAGGGCACUGCUGGCACCAUAACCACUACAAUAUGCUGCAGUGGCUAUGGUGCAUUCCUUUUCAUUCAUUGCAGGAUCCUGCUAGAGUGCCUGCUUAAGAACAAAUUAUGGAAACCAGUGUUAUCUCUAAAUGCUUUUUGUACACAGUUCAAUAUUGAAAUUGUUAAAAAAUAUAUAUUUUUUUUAUUUAAACAAUUCCUUUAAUUCCUUAAGUUUGCCUUGGAACAAUAUAUACCCAGUGGGGGGGGGGGGAAACUGGUUAUGGUGUUAAUAAUGGUUUCUUCAUUAGCGGUUUCAGAUACUGAAUGGGCAACAAAAAUAUUUGGAAGUUAAAAACUGGUACACGUGUGUGUGUGUGCCAAUCUGCCAAUCUGCCAUGCCCUUCUUAUUUAAUUAGCAUACCUCCCGACAUUUCCAGUGGACAAAGAUGGACCUUAUAAUGUUAGGGGUGUGAGUGGGUUGUGUGGCCGGGGACGGGAAUGUUCUGAAAAAUUUUAGGUUAUUUACCAAUAAUAAUUUAUGCAGCUAAAAUGUAAUUUAGCAAAAGAACAAUAUAUCGUAUUUACACAGACUGAUUUCUAAAUACAUUUAUUGUUGUUCAAAGACACAGACACACCAAGAAUACCGAGCUCAUACAAAAGAGGGACAUUAGGAUAGAAAAAAAAUGGACAGAAGAAUUUUGAUCCAAUACAAUAGCAAAUACAAACAUAAUUUGUAUUUGGAGAUUGGUAUUCUAUGUAGUGGGGCUGAUGUGUACUAGUAACAGUCAUUGCUGCUGCCCAGGAGUAGAGAAUAUUUGAGCACAGGACUUAAUUUUGUAUGUUUGUAUUACACAGCCAUGUUACAGUGCUGCUACCCAGAGGCUGGUAAAGGCAGUGUUGUGCUCUGGGUAAUGUUCUGCCGAGAAAUCUUGGAUCCUUGCAUUCAUAUGGAUGCUACUUUGACUUAUAGCACCUUCGUAAAGUUUGUUGUACACAACGUACACCCUUUCAUGGUAAUGAUGUUCCCUGAUGGUAGUGGCUUCUUUCAGCAGGAUAAUGCACCCUGCUAUACUGCAAAAAGUGUUCAGGAAUGGUUUGAGGAACAUUACAAAGAGUUCAAGGUGUAGCUUUGGCCUCCAAAUUUUCAAUCCCAUUGUGCAUCUGUGGGAAGAGCUGGAUCAACAAAUCCCAUCGAUGGAAGCCCCACCUCACAACUUGCUGGUCUUAAAGGAUCAGCUGCUAAUGUCUUGGUGCCAGAUACCACAGGACAUGACCAGAGGUCUUGUGGAGGCCACGAUACCUCAGAGCUGUCUUGGCAAGUGGUUUUAAUGUUGUGGUUUUCAGUGUAUCUUUAUUCCUCUCUGUAGUACUCAGACAGACUUCUUAAUGUGGAAUUUAACUGACACUAUAGCCAUUACAGCUCAUUGUAGUGGUUAUGAUGCAAGGAGGCAAUGGGUACAGUCCAUCCAAGAUUUGUCAAGCAGUUGUUCACAAAUCUCACCCCCAUUACAGACAACAUGGUAAUCGGGAUGAUUAGCUCAUUAUCUCUUUAGAAUUGCCAGACUGGUGGGGCUCUUUUGAAUUGACUAGAAUAAAUCCAGAACACGUCCAAAAUACCUUUAUAUUGACAUUUUCUCUAAAAUGGCUAUAAUAUGCAUUUUACACAAUUAUAGCUUACAAUUCUGUAGCUUGGGAAUGACCUGCACAAGUGAUAUCUAAGAAUGUUGCAAACAGUAAACAUUAAUUGUCUGUAUAUUGGUUUGUAAAAUACUGUAACUGGGGUAAUCUGAUCAAAUGGAGGGAAUAUGAACUGGGGACAUUUCAGUAUUCUUUUCUCUCCUUAUAAGUUUUUGCCGAUUUAAAUUGUUUUUUCUUUGAUGCAGUUCAUAUUAUUUGGUGCUUCUGAAUCGCCCCAUAUUGUUCAAAGAGUUUAAGGUUAAAUGUAAUAUUUUAUUAAAAUGUAUUAUUUGAUUUUAUCUGUUAAAUAAAAUGUAAUUUAAUUGCAAUUUUUCUGUUAUAGCUGUUCCACAUCUCUACGGCAAUAGAUACCUACCCCCAUCAAUACUACCACAACGAUCUCACCACAUUUCAACAUUUACUUUGCGACCAGUGUCCACCGGGAGAAUAUGUUAAACAUGACUGCACCGUGGACCAAAAAACGCAAUGCACGCCAUGUCCAUCCCAUCAUUACGCCGACACAUGGAACUCUAACCAUGAAUGCCAGUUUUGCAGUGCCGUGUGCAAAGAACUUCAGUAUGUAAAGCAAGAAUGCAACGGAACUCACAACCGGGUCUGUGAGUGUAUGAAAGGACAUUAUUUGCAUUUAGAAUUCUGCGAUUCUCAUACACAAUGUCCUCCUGGUUUUGGUGUGGCACAGUUAGGUAUGUAAUUGUUUUUUUAUAACUUUUGUCUUAAAAUCAGAAGAUACAAAUAAGUGAAUACAUUACUUACUUCCUUCCUAAUUUAGAUUUAUCAUUGUCACCGACUAGUGUAGUAGAUGAAUAAAACUCAAAGAGCAAUGUAUAAACACAUGAGAUUUAGACACGUGGGAAAAAACGGAUCAGUCAGAUCAAUUUCUUAACGGUAACUAUCACUUGUCUGGAAUUAACGCCAUUGAAUUAAACAUUAAAAAUAACAUAAUUUGUUUUAACGUAGUUAUUUAAAAGAAUUUCAAAUGCAAGGCAAAAGCAGCUAAAAUGGAAAAAUUCUCUGUCAUCAAUGCUUUUAGUUGGGCUUCUCUGGCCUUAAAUUUGAAAUUCACUUUAAAUUCUCACCAUAGUAAAUAGCCCUGCUAGGUUCAUUACUCCUCGUAUCUAUAUUUUUUUUUAUGAUUGACCCGGGGCUAAGAUAAAAAUAACAGGAUCGAGACAUGGAUUUUUCCAUUUCAUUUUAUUUUCCAGCAUCACAAACAUACUUGUUACAUAUAACGAUAAUAAAUAUAACAUAAUAAAUUCAGGGAACUGACAGCUCCCCUCUAAGAGAAGCAGAGUUAUGUAUUGCAAUGACCGCCAUCGGUCCUUAAGGGAUUAUGAAUGAUAACCAAACUCUGCAAUAUACAGUGUCAGCGUAGUUAAGGCAAAGAUCGUAUGCGAGUUACUAAAUGUUUUCAUUUUCGAUAAAUAUUUAAACAAGGAAACAGUCAGUGUACAAAAAACCUUCCAUAAACUAGUAAAGUUAUGUAAAUGCUAUUUCUGAAAAAGGGAAGUACGUGGUAGUCCACUCAGCAAAUAGACAACAUUUUUUUUGUUUGUAACUUGAUUCAUAUUUUGCAUGGAAGGUCAAACAGCCCAACGAGAAAUCACAAUGGUGUCACAAUGGAUGCACAAAUUUGCUUCAUGCAGGCGGACAUUUAUACAUCAUUUUGCAUUAUACAUAUAUGUUUACACAAAGUAGGUGUGAACGAUUUCACAUAAGAAAACAAGAUAAUAAUAACACAACAGUAUAACAGAACAAAUAUAGUAUUCCCUUGAACUCCGCUCAUCUGCAUCUCAGGAAAGCGUAAGCUACAUUUGUUGCACUAAAAUUGAAACUGAAAGUAAUCAACCCCUUCUCACGUUAUCAUCCUGUCCAUGGUCAGAGUUCCUACAGGUUGUGUUUACGUAGCCAACUCAACGUUAGAUUUAUUCUAAGAAGUUUUAGAACUUAUAAUAAGCUUUCACUGAAUUUUUGAUAAUGUGAAAUUUGUUCCAGAUGUUUCAUUUUGUAAUGACUUUGUUGGAAGACAUAAUGUAUUAUGUCUUGUCUUUAUGUAUUAGGCACAUGUCAUGUAAGUUUAUUAUAUGUAAUAGGCAUAAGGGCAGUUUGCAAUGUUCUUGAGAAGACAGGACAAGACAAAAUAUCAGAAAGUCAUUUUAAAUUAAAGUAAAAUGUGGAUUUUACCUAGUCUUUCGAUCAUAAUCCUUAAGGGAACAUGUGCUUUAAAUCUUUCAUCUUUGUUUAUGUAUGUCUAUAGCCUGAUGACGUCUAGAUGAAUGUCAUUGGAUUACAAUUGUACCACUGGUAUUAUGUCUUUUCUAAGAAUCACAUUUUAGUUCCCAAGCAAUGAGUAAGAUUCUGACACAUGACUAAUGUUUGCUUUGGCCAAUGCUACAAAGAAUGUACAAGUGGUGGCCCCUUCCUCUGUUCUGUAAACAGAGAUGGAAGUGCUGCUUUCAGUAAUCUAAAGCAUGAAAAUAAAUAUUAUUUGGUUUCUGGACACUUUAUGUAAUAAGUUAAAGUAAAUAUUAGACUUGGGAAUUCUUUUUUGGAUGAACAAGUUUUUUUGUUCGAAUUUUGGCUAUUUGUUUGGGGGCCUGGGGGGGGGACAAUAGUUUCACCCCCCUGCCCCCAUUAUUAUUUAGGGCCCUUACCCGUUGGGCUGGAGGGAGAUCUAGGGUUUAGUUUAAUAUAGUCUAAUAGCCCCCAAGUUAAUUAUUUCUUUAGGUGCUCCACCAUGGAAACAUAGAAGUCACAGGCGACCUUCUUUUACUGAUACUGAGUAUUUUUUACUUAGUAUUAGUUUAGCUGUCUGAAAAAAUUCUGUCUGAAAAAAAAGCUUUUUAUAAAUUUGGUAUUUAAGCUUUUUAGUAGAUAGCUCCCUACUUCCUGUAGGAUUAUCAUAAAGAUAUAAAGAAGGAGCUAUCUACUAAAUAGCUUCAUAACUUGGUAACCUUAUACAUGGCAAUUCCACAAGGGUACCAAUUUAGUGAAUUAUCUACUUAAUGGGUGCAGUUAUGGCCCACGGCACGGAUCAGGAUUUUUAUUUAUCUAAAAGAAUUCCAAAAUAAAAAUAAUGCCCAAAUUUCAUCCAAAAAUCAACGAACAAAUAGCUGAAAUUUUGUUUGGAUAGGCAAUUGUUUUUUGUCAAAGUACAAACAAAUUGAUGGCGCCCAAGUCUAGUAAAUAUGUAGAUUGGGUUUAAAUUGCUAUUUAAUUUGACCUUUUGUAUAUUUUGUGGGAAAUCCCAUUUCACGGUUUGUCAGUAUGCUCCAAAAUCUACCAACACUUGAGGCCUUCUGGACAAAAAGUUGUUUGGACCACAGCAUCUAAGCACUCCUCUACUGAUUAGAAGCCACAGUAGAGGAGUGCUUAGAUAAAUUUGGCAUAUUUAUUAAAUGAGGCAGUAGGCAAGACUUGUGUAGGGCUUGUGGGUUUGUUGUUUGCCUGGCGGCACAAUCUUGGUUAGGUCUGGAAUGGCCAGCUGGAAAAUUCUAGAUGGACUGCAGUUUGAGAGGCUGACUUGGCUGACGGACUAUUAGGAUUAUGUGUUGUGUCCCUACACAUAGCUGGUAUGGAUUUAGCGGUAACAGAGUGUGUGUUUGUCUGAGAUUGCCAUAUUGAAGGAGGUUGCAGGGAUAAAUGAUAUCACACAUUCCCCAGUCAAAUGUUGUCCUUUUUGUUGUAAUGUUUAUAACUGGUCAUAUGCUGAAAUUUUGGAUAUAUUUUUUUUUUUUAAUAAUCAGAGCUGAUUCAAUUUCUAGUCUUCCUAUAUUUAAAAAAAUAUUUUUGUCAAUAAAGUUAUCGAGUAAUGAAAAUCUGUAAUAACUCAAAAUAGAGUAUACAGGCGUUGUCUCACAAAUACAUAGGUGACAUAAUAUGAACAAGUGUAGUUAGAAGAUAACAUUAUAAAUAAGAUAUAUUUUGAGUUACCUCGCAGGUCUUAAUUUAGAAGUAUUUAGUUAAUUAAGUGUAAAAUUAUUAAUUCCAAUUUAAUAAAUUAGUAGCUACAUGUAUGCAUUGAGAUUGCGGUUUUAUAUAGUAUACAUUAACUAUAACAUUCCACUUGUUUAAUAUUGUAUCUGAUAGUGAUGGAUGCUUGAAACUAGAGUUCUGGUACUUACCUCACAACUUCUAUAAAAAAGUCACAGAACAAUUAUCCUCACACUGCCUUAAGAACUUCAACUCCCUCACUGAGCAAAUAUGGCCACAAAGUCUCUGGAGGCAAACAUCUGAUUAAUAGCUAAACCUGGCAUGAAACCAGAGAAGUGCUGAAGCUACAGGCCCUAACUGAUGUCCUCAAACUUCUCACAAUGAUAUCUGCAAUGUAGCUUAGCCCACUUCUACUGAGGCCCUCCUAGAUCAAGUCAACUUCAUCCAAUUGAGGGUGGCAAAGAAAUAAAUCACCAACAAAUGUGAAUCUUAAGUAAGCAGCCAAAUUUUCCCCCAUGUAUUAUACAUUCCUAACAAUGGAAGCAGAUAGCUCUCAGAAGCUGGUGGAAUUUGCUGCAUGAUAAUACAACAUCCUUUGCUUUAGACACAGUGAGGCAGAAUCUCCUUAUUUGAGCUUGGAUUGGUUUAGUUAGAAGUUCCAGGAGACCUAAGUGGUAUAACACUGAAUAGGAGCUAAGGCUAACGCACCAUGGAUGUAGCAGUGAUGAGCAGUAGGGAGGUGCAUAUGCUGUCCAGUUAUCAUUGAAGGCUGCAGAGGCCUUUAUGAAAUGGGAGUGUUUAGCAGAGGAAGCAGUAACGAGACAAUGGAGAAGUUUAAAGUCCACGAGUUAGAGCAGAGUCUUUGGAGUGAGUGAAUAUAAAAACAAGGCAAUUAUGGCGCUUACUUUGAUUUGAGCACCUGGAAACAAAGUCCGUAUGAAUGAGACAGUGGUUAAAAGAAUAAUCUGAUCGUGACUCGUCAGCUGGGGUCUGUUGCCAGUGUUGUAGCAAAACCUAAGGAGAAUCUGUGAGAGUAGAUAAGUAGUGGUGGCCGAGGUGGGAAGCCAGGGAGUCAGCAGGCAUACAGUGGUUUUCUGAGAGAGUAGUCAGAAAUGAGAGCCAUAAUCAGGAGGAAACAAUGGAAAGCAAAGAUAAUACACAGGAGUAGUCAGAAGCAUGAUCUAAGGUCUGAAGCCAAUGAUGAGUGGCAGAACUGGACAGUUUCUUUGGGCCCACAGGAAUAUAGGCUUCAAAGAACAGGGCUACUUACGGCUAGUAGAGCCAGGGAGACUCAAUAAUCAAUCAAACAAGGCAAGAUGACAUUUUAAAUAGGCAAUACAUUAUAUCAACCAGAGACAACUAAGCAGUGAAUCAUGAGCAACAAAUAUGAGUUAAGUUUGCCCUUUCUGACACAGAACCAGACAGGAAUUUCCACUUUCACCCCAAUUUUAAGUCAGAGCCCCUAUUCCUUAGCAAUAAAUACCAAGAGGCCACUUACAAAUGAAUUUCUAGUUAGUGCUACAUGCCUCUAUUGUUCCUGUUGGAACUUUGGUAUGGCCAAGUGCUCUGUGUUACGCAUCUGAUGGUUGUGUAAUAAGAAUCCCUCAAAUUGUACCCAAGAGAAAGCGUAACUAUUUCACAAGUAAUAUCUCAUACACAAAUUUAGAAAAACAUGCAAUCCCCACUACUUGGAGCAAAGACCCUUAUUAUGUUUUAUAUUAAAGGCAAAGUAAACCUCCAAAACUAGCAGGCUGGUAUUCCAGAGUUGAGGGCAUAAGAUUCAUGGAGGACUUGACUAGCUUGUCAUCGCUCUUAUAUUAGCCAGUCUGGGAACCAUGGCUUUGCUUUGUCUUUGCUAUUGUAUAAGCAUUAUUUGUCAUCUGUGGAUGUCCUCUACCUGCGUUUGUAAUGCUCCCCAUAGCCACACAUGCUCUGCUUGUGACAAAAAUAGACUUUAAUGUGUCACAUGGCACAACAUGCCAUGAGAUAGCUGCCUGGCCAAUCUAGGUAUGCUCUUGUUGUCAAGGUGGACUUGCAGAUGGGGGAAGAGAAGUGUAGUUUGCAUAUCCUGAUGUGAAUUGAAACUAAAAUGCAGUUGGUGUUUUUACAAAGAUAGAAGCUGGUUGUCUCUUUCCUUGCUGUAACUAUCCAAGAUCUGCUAUAAUGUGAUUACUGAUGGAUAAAGCGACUGCAAGCCCAGGUCAUAGCACUUAGUAUAGUGAUCAGCUGUGCAAGUUAAUGGAAGUACCCACGGACGAUAUAAGGCCUUCGGUAACAGACGCCAGAGCAGUAUUAUAACACUGCUGAAUUAAUAUUUUCACACUGAUGCUUCCCAUAGACUUUCAUUCUCCAUUCUGAUAUGUUAAUGUUCUCAGAAUCGUUCUGCUUUCAGAAUCACAUGUAAUCUGUCCUUCCUUUCAUGGAUUCUGUCUAUUACUGAAUUACAGGGUGGCAGUCCUCCUUGUUGCACUAAGCUAUGUUAGUGUUUCAAGCCACCAACUUGCUCAUUCACACAUUGUAGCGAUACACCAUUGCAAUCAGUGUGUUUCCAUCUUGCUGUAAAACGCUCAUUGGCAUAUUAUCAAAUGUGUUACCUUGCAUGAUACCCUAAUAAAAAUGAAAUACAUUUUUAAAUCCAGGGAAUAUUUGAUUCAGAAUUGCACAAUUUAUUUUAGAAUUUGGAAAUAUUCUCCAACUCUGGUUUAGACCCAGCUUAGCCGAAACGUUGAAGGUUUGGUUUUCUUAUCACUAUAAUUCAAUUCAAUUUAUUUGUUUGUUUUUUUCCACAGGGACACCAGACAGCGACACAGUUUGCAAAAAAUGCCCAAAGGGAACAUUUUCUGAUGUGACUUCAGCAAGUGCAGCGUGCCAAAAACACAGGGACUGUGAAAAGCUGGGUCUUAAAACUAAAAAUAAAGGCGAUUCGGAAAGUGAUGCACAAUGUGAGGAGAAGACGCCAGAAUACACACCUAACUGUGAUUUAGGUAAACCACCAAGGAUCUAGAAAGAUUUCUCACAUAUGAGAAUAUUUUCUUACUCUCGUGUCUCAGAUUUGCAUUUAUUCUAUUUAUAUUUCAGUCUGCAGGCAGGGAUGAAGCAGGCCUAAAAGAAAACAGUACAGUUGCAGUCAUUAUUUCUUAUACAUUUCCUGCAUAACAAGAUAUAUUUAAUUCUUACAAGCCAAAAAACAGACCAUUUUUUCUGACCCAUAGAAUGUGUAACUUUAAAUCAGGGUACUACUAAUCUUUCAGGGACAGGCAACCUUCGAAACUCCAGAUGUUGGGGACUACAUCACCCCUGAUGCUUUGCCAGAAUUAUGGCUCUAAGAGCAUUAUUGGAGUCCACAACAUAUGGAGUGCCGAAGGUUUCCUGUCCCACAAAGCGAUUUUCCAAAAUAGGUGCAAAUACUUACAAUCAGCAGGAUCAAUACUUAUAAAAUAGGGUCAGCAUUGGUCCUGAUUCCUUCAUCUGUUUUCCUUUCCCUAUCAGACGUUAAUAGUGGUGGAGAAUAUUAUAUUGUAUAAUAAAGUGUCUGAAAGUGUUAUUUACUAAAGUGAAUUCGAGGUAAUUUUCUAAAUGAAGGCCAGAUUAUACAUGCAACAGGUCUAUUGUUUAUGCAGUUUAUUGUUUUAAAAUCUAUACUAGCACUAAUUGGCUUUCUGUUUCUCUCCAUAGAUGUGACGCUCUGUGAAGAAGCAUUAUUUCGGUUCUCUGUUAAUGUCCCAAAUUGGCUAACUAUUCUCGCACAGGGGUUACCUGGUGCUAAGGUGAUGGCUCAACAGUUAUCAAGGAUUAAACAAAGUUACAAUCCCGAAGAUCAGCCCUUUUAUCUCUUUAAAUUAUGGAAGGAACAGAACAAAGCACAGUACCCAUUAUUUCACUUCAUUCAAGGUGGGCAGACUGUUACUUUUGCUUGCUGAAAAAACUUUUGCAGAAUUCAAAUGAAUAAGUUAUUAAAUGUGUAUAUAUAUAUAUGCUGGUAUAGGCAAUUAGUACAUAAAAGCGAACAAUAAAUACAACAGACUCAAAGAAUCAUAGAGAAAAUACUAGUUUAUUUCUGCAGAAAUUCUCUAACUCUACCUACUAUCCAGUCUGCCAAACACUCUAAUUAUAAUUGAUCAGUGAUGUUACUUCUUAAACAAUUAGUUACUUUAUAUUCUGGAAAAAUAGUCUUCAUAAAUGUUGGAUAAUUCUUCUAUUUAUUAAAUGCUAUCACUUUAAAAUAUAAUUCUGAUCCAUAUUAAAACACCAGUAAUGGCUCACUUAUAACUGUUGUAUAUAAAGGAGAGGUUCGGCUUGUGCGGUUAACCCAAAUUAAUUGCUUUUUAAUUCACACCCGGAUGAAUCUUUUGUCCGGUAUUUAUCUGUGGAGUCUUCUUAUUCAAUAAAUUCGACUCAACCAGGUGUAAAUUAAAAGGCAUUUGCUUUGGACGAACAGGCCAAAAUUAAUUAUUACUGGACAAGUGUAAUGAAGGGCAUGGCAAUCUGCCUUUAAAUAUUCAAAUUAUGAGACAUGUCUGGUUUUAUGUUUUGUUUUUGUUGUUUUUUUUGUUUUGUUUUUACUGCUGCAAGAAGAGCUGUGCUUUUAAAGAGAUUUAAAAAAGAAAAACGUGGAUUGGCUGCUGCAGGGAAAAAUAGAAGGAAAAACGUCAGAAACAAUAAAAAAUAGAAAAACGUACAACCUGUUUCUCUGAACAACCAUUCUCACUGUAUGACAUUCUGGUAUAUUAGUAUUCCCAGUAUUGCAUUUCAUGUUCAGCAGUCACUAAUGAGUGCACUAAUUGGCAGGUUCUAUUAGAAUUGGUAGUCACUAGCAAACUAAAAAUGUUUAAUAAAUAUUCCCGUAUGCUUUGGGUUUUUACAAAUACUAUUCUUUGUUAUUGUCAGAGAAGGUUUGCUCAAUUUCCUAUCCCUUUUUAAUGCAUUUUACAGAUGAACAGUUAUUUUAUUAAUAUUAUUAUUGGUAUGUGUAUAGUACCAACAGUGGCCCGGCUGCCCCUGCGACCCGGUAUGUACCCACUGGGCCAGCCUCUUCCCCUGGGGCCCCCCCCAGGGCUGGCCCUGCUGUCACCCCACGGCCAGUGUUCUAUCAUUCUGCUCUACCCCGUCAGAUUUCUAUACCCCCGUCACUUCCGGGGAGAGGAAUCAGCUGGAUCCUGUGCUGCACAUGUGUGCUAGCACUCCUGCUACUCCUCCACAGCAAGGUCCUGGAAGGUAAGUAAAGCUAGUUUUACACUUUCAUUAUAGUUAGUGCAUUCACUAAGCUUAGGCACACGGGACAUUUAGGGUUAAUGUUAGGGUUCAAAUUAGGGUUAGGAUUAGGGACUUGUUAAUAUUUAGUGAUAAAUCACAUUAGGGGAAUAUCACUAAAUAGUGAUUUCUCACACUUUAUUUUAACCCUUACCCCAAGGGUUAGGGUAAGAAUAGAGUGUGAGAGAGGUUAGAAUCACUUACCUAACCCUAAUUGAACCCUCACUUAACCCUAAAUGUCCUGUGUGCCUAAGCUUAGUGAAAGUGUAAAACUAGUUUUACUUACCUGGCUGUGGAGGAGUAGCAGGAGUGCUAGCACGAAUGUGCAGCACAGGAUCCAGCUGAUUCCCCUCCCCGGAAGUGACGGGGGUAUAGAAAUCUGACGGAGUAUAGCAGAAUAAUAGAACACCGGUCCUGGGCGCAUGCGCGCGCAAGGGAGCACUCUCUCCUUUUCGGCUCCCUCGCGCACCACACUGAUACCGGAGCCGUAAGAUGACGUCAUCUUCCGGCGCAGGCAUCCCUACUCGGCGCGCAAGGGAGCUGAAGAGGAGAGAGUGCCCCCUGGCGCGCGCGCGCCAGCCUGUCAGUGACCGGCCGCCCCCAGCACUCCAAAAGGGGGGGAGGCUGGGGGAUUACAUUUUUUUUUAAAAGUGUGUUAGUGUGUUAGUGUGUGUGUUAGUAUUAGUGUGUGAGUGUUUCUGGAAAUCUAUUCAUAAACAGGGUUAUACAUAGGACACGAGGUCACACAUUUAGGCUGGAAGAAAGGAGAUUUCAUCUAAGGCAAAGAAAAGGUUUUUUUACAUUAAGAACAAUAAGGAUAUGGAAUUCUCUGCCUGAAGAGGUGGUUUUGUCAGAGUCCAUACAGAUGUUUAAACUGAAAUUGGAUAAAUACUUACAAAAACAUAACAUACAGGGAUAUAAUUUCUAAUUAGUGGGGUAAUAGCUGCUUGAUCCAAGGAGACAUCUGACUGCUAUUUUGGGGUCAAGAAGGAAUUUUUUCCUAGUUUGUGGCAAAAUUGGAAGUGCUUCAGACCAGGUUUUUUGCCUUCUUUUGGAUCAACAGCAACAACAUUUCUGAGGAAGGCUGAACUUGAUGGACGCAAGUCUCUUUUCAGCUAUGUAACUAUGUAACUAUGUAACUGUGUGUUAGUGUGUGAGUGUGUGUGUGUUAGUGUGUGAGUGUUAGUGUAUGUGUGUGUGUGUGUGUGUGUUAGUGUGUGUGUAUGUUAGUGUGUGUGUAUUAGUGUGAAUGUUAGUGUGUGAGUGUUAGUGUGUGUGUGUGUUAGUGUGUGUGUUAGUGUGUGUGUUAGUGUGUGUGUGUUAGUGUGAGUGUGAGUGUGUGUUAGUGUGUUAGUGUGUGUUAGUAUUAGUGUGUGCGUGUUAGUGUGUGUUAGUGUGUGUGUGUGUUAGUGUGUGAGUGUUAGUGUGUGUGUGUGUGUUAGUGUGAGGGUUAGUGUGUGUGUGUGUGUUAGUGUGUGAGUGUUAGUGUGUGUGUUAGAGUGUGUGUCUGCUAGUGUCAGUGAGUGUGUUACUGAGUGUGUUUGUGUAUGUUAGUGAGUGUGUGUUUGUCAAUGAGAGUGUAUGUUUUGUAAGUGAGUGUGUAUGUAUGUCUGUCGCUGAGUGUGUCUCUGUCAGUAAAUGUGUGUGUCUGUUAGCUAGUGUGUAUGCGUAUGUUCAUGAGAGUGUGUGUGUCUUCAGCACUUACCUUUCUCCAGCGCCGGACACCCUUGGCGCUGGGGAUCCCUUCCGCCUCGCAGCUCCGAAUGCGCAUGCAAGGCAAGAGCCGCGCGCGCAUUCAAACCGCCCAUAGAAAAGCAUUACUGAAUGCUUUCCUAUGGGUGUUCAGUGUCUUAGAAUCGCGGAAGCUCCUCUAGCGGCUGUAAGUGAGACAGCCACUAGAGGCUGGAUUAACCCUUUUCUCUGAAACUGCUAUGUUUUCAUCUGCAGGGUUUAAAUAGAGGGACCUGACAACCAGACCACUUCAUUGAGUUGAUGUGAUCUGGGUGUCUGUAGUGGUCCUUUAAGUGUGUGUGCAUCUGCAUGCACUGGCAUACAUACCGCGGUCGCAGGGGUUGCAGCCCUGCAACCCCUGCGACCAGGUGCCCGCCGCCAUGUGUUGCGGCCCUGGCCCACGCAGAGUAAGCGUGGGGGGGCCCACGGAUCAAUUUUUGCACCGGGGCCCCAUGGGUCAUGCGUACGCCACUGAGUACCAAUAUAUUCCAAAGUUUGAUAUUGUGCUAGGAGGAUGUAACUGCAAAUAAAUUAAAGAUUGAUUACAAAUAUUAACAAGAGGUUAGUGAAUACCCUGCUUUAACAAACUUUAAAAGAAUUAUGAACUUCAAAUUAAUGAUAGAAAUUAUAAUCACCGAUACCGUGUUAAUCUUUCCAGAUUUAUGCAGGGAUUAGAACUAAAUCCCUUCGAUUUUACAGCCAAACAAGUGUUUCUUCACUAAACUUCGAAUAGUAUUGAAAUGAAAUUGAAUUACAAUAUUCAGUGUAGACAAACAAACUGUGUCUAUAGUCGGUGUAGAGAACUCUUCUAAAUGAGAACUUUUUCUGCCUACAUUUUCCGAUUCAGUUUUAAAAUCACUGCAGUUCGGUAUUUUAAUAAUAAAUAAACCCCUUGAUUUAUAAUGUACUUGCAUAACACAGCCCCAAGUGCUUCCAUUGUCCUGAAAAGUCAUCUGGUUGUGCUUACAUUGCUUGUUUUAUGGUUCCUGCACUUCCUGUCUUGUUAAUGGAAACUCCAGCAGGUUUACCUUGGAAAACAUUUAGUAUGCCUGAACGUAAUCCAGGUUUCUGGAGUAACUCUUUAAUGGUUCUGUGCUUGCACUGUAUGUUCUCUUCUUUUAAGAUGUUAAAAAAAUAAUAAGUAGCAAAAAAAUAACACAGUAAAGACUUCACAAAACACAUAAGUGGUUUCUUUUAUACAAAACUUGACUCCCUGAAGCUUUGAAGGAACAGUAUACUAUUAGGAAUUCUAACAUGUAUUCCUAACACUAAAGUGUCCCAUUAUAGUAUAUAGGUGUCCCUUCCCGUUUACAAUAAAAAAAUAAGUUUUACUCCCCUUGUACUCCUCACCGCGCUGCCAGUCAUGCCUCCUUGACUGAGGUUAUCUAUCUUGAUUAUCUCACCCAAUCAAGUGAUUUGCCAUAGGAAAGCAGUGGGAGACUUGUGCACAUGCACAGCAAAUAGCCACACUGCACCAAUCAAGUGCUCUAUAUGAUUAUUAUUUGGCUGAAUAACCAAUUCUGACUCUGUUAUUCAGCAAUAGCGCAUAUAGUGGCUCUCAGGAAAACAGCCGCUAGAGGUGUGUUAAACCUGCAAUCAAACAUUCCUUAUCUACUAAACAGCAAUGUUUUAUAUUGCAGCUUAAAAACUAAAGUAUCACUGCACUCAGAUCACUUCAUUGAGAUUAAAUGGUCUGCAUGUCGUUCGUGGUCUUUUACAAAAAUGCGGCCAAUUUGGAGAAAGACUAGAGACUCUGUAGCGCUAAGUUAGUUAUCUUGCUAUAUGCUAUAUAUUAUAGGCCCACCUAUUCCCUGCCUUUGUUAUAACAGUCCUUCUGCAUCCCACACUGACUACAUAGCUUAGCCCAACAGCACAAAUGUAUCAAUCCGAUAAAUCAACAGUAUCCACAGGUCUGUUUAAUUGUAAUUUACCAAGCAUCAACAAGACACUGCUAUUAACAAUAUUGCUUUCUUUAUUCAUGUGCAGGCAUCGAAGUUUGCGAAAAGGGAGUGUUAAAACAUGUCAGAAACUUAAAUUUGACGGUCAAAGACCUAACAGAUUUAAUGCAAAGCUUACAUGGAAAGAAGAUUGAAAAAGAGGACAUAGAAAAUACCGUAAAGACAUGUGACCCACCAAAACAAAUACUUAAGCUUCUAAAUCUUUUCAGAAAUAAAAAUGAAGGAAAUACUUUAAAAAUUCUAAAUCUAUUAAAAACACGCCAGCUUAAGAAACCGUUGCGUCGACGGAUGAAAAAAUUGAAGCUGUUUCUGAACAGUGAUUCCAUGUACAGAAUGCAUCAAAAAUUUGUAGAAAAUAUUGUUAAUCAGGCACAGCCAGAUAAGCUGAACUCUUCAUAAAGAAUCGUAGAUAACCAUUUCUAUUUUCAUAAAAGCCCCAUGAAUGAAAGAGUGGGGCAGUUCAUUACAUUUGCACUCCAACCUAUCACUCAAAGAAUUAAACACGUCAUUCUGUUUUAGCAGUGUUUAAAACUGGAAUUUUCCUCUGGUAUCUUUAAGCUUGUUAUUUAUGACUAUAUCGCAUAGUAUUUUUAUUUACAUGUAAGGGUACGUUCGUUAUGCAGCGAAUAGUGUUAUAUUAAAGACUGAACUGCAACAUUUGGGGAAAUAUUGACAAGUUAAAGUAUCAAACUCAAAAUGGUUGCUUGUUAGAUAUAUUGGCCUCCAUUUUAUUUGGUUGUUAAUAGUACAACUAUCUAUGGACCAAAUGGUUCUAUUCACCAAACAGAGUGUUAUAAAUAGCUGAUUUGAGAUCUUGAUUUUAUGAAAGAAACACUAUAAUGUUAGGAAUAUGAACACGUAUUCCUAAUACUAUAGUGUUUCUCUACCUGUUCAGGUAUCCAGACUCUCCUGUGAGGGUUUCAAAGGUAAGUUUUGAUUACCUUAUACACCGUGAUGCACUGGUCUUGUCACCAUCCCACCUACUCAGUUGAGAUCAUCAGUAUUGAUGAUCUCAGCCAACCUAAUGCUUCCCCAGAGGGUAGCCUUGGGUGGGCAAGUGUGGCAAAACACCACUGCGCCAAAUAAAAUGCUUUCUAUGAAAAGCAUUUAAUUGUAUAAUCAAGUAUGCCUCUGGAGCAGAAGUGCCUCUUGCAUUUUGCAUUGCAGGCUUAACACAACUGGAGCACUACAAAAAAAACAAAACACUUCUUUGAGGAUGCCUUUAGUGUUCCUUUAACCCCUUAAGGACCAAACUUCUGGAAUAAAGGGGAAUCAUGACAUGUCACACAUGUCAUGUGUCCUUAAGGGGUUAAACUUUGUUACCAACAUUGCACAAGAUCGUUCUCAGCUUUUUACAACUCAAAGCUAAGUCCAUAGACCCCCAAUUCAUUCUUUGUACAUGGGAUAAUUACUGAAGGAUACCUGUGGUUAUGCUUCUGUCCAAUCAAGUCUUGGUAUAUUUUUAACUGCUUAAGAACAAUGAGAUGACCCACAUACAUACAUCCAACUGUCUUUCUAUGUUAAUGGUACAGAGUUAAAUUUAAAGGGAUGCUGUUAUGUAAUGCCUAAUAUUUUCAUCAGUGCAUUGCACUAUCUAGUUUACUAUAAUACAUUUAAAGGAAGUAUUAUUUAAAUUACCUCUUUCGCUUCCUGCGCUGGCUGUAUGCAAGUUUGUGUGAUUGUGUAUUGUGUAUCCUUAGCAGUCAUCACAUUAUUUAUUUGAUACAAGAUCCAUAAAAUCUGACUCCAUAAUCACUCAGAAAAAAAGUGUUAAACAAGAGUCAUGCUAAUAUAUAUAUAUAUAUAUAUAUAUAUAUAUAUUUUUUUUUUUAUAUAUAAAUUAUAGAUCACUUUAUUGAUCACCAAUUAGGUAUUUGGCUUACUCUAGUUAAAGUGACAUUGGCAUCACAAGGACAUUUGGAGGGAAAUUGAAGCGCAUCUGAACGCCUAUCAUGAAGGAGAAAUAGGAAAAACAAGUCACUGAUUUUGUUGUGGAAGACUAAAUCAGUGCUUGGCAACCUUCGGCACUCCAAAUGAUGUGGAUUACAUCUACCAUAAUGUUUUUCGAGCCAUUGUAUUGGCAAAGAAUCAGGGGAGAUGUGGUCCACAACAUCUGGUGUGCCGAAGGUUGCCUACCCCCUGGAGUAAGUGAAUCGGUUGGUUCUUAAUUACCAUCACAAUCCAUUAAGAUUGUGUUCAGAAACGUAAUUUAGCUUUUAUCAUUAUUAGUAGUAGUAUUAAUAUUGGCAUUUAUAUAGCACCAACUUAUUCUUUGCUUUACAAUAUUAUAAAGAGGGGGAAAUUAACAAUAAAUGAGACAAUUACAAAAUGUUACAGGAACCUGCUCAACCGAGCUUUAUACAUUUUUCUGAGAUGGCAACAAAUUAGAAUUUUUGUAUAGUCAAAAUUAGUUACAAAUAUUAAGAAAUGGUUAGACAUAUAUCAUAGUGAGUUUCCAAGGGUCUAUAUGACAAAACAAAAGCGUAUUUUUUUGCAUGCUCAAUUCUUUAUAGUCUUUGCACAAAAAAAUAGAUUUUUUGCAGAAUGCUGCACCGUAAAUCUUUCUCCUUUGCCAUGCCCCUUCAUGGCAGAAAUACAUCCUUCUCAGCCAGCUGAUCACUCACAGGCACCAGACACCACCUGGCUUAGUUUAAUAGAGAGCUUACAGCGCUCUGUCAGAAUUAGUAGAGACCCAGCAGACCCUAGUUAAGAAGGCAAAUCAUUCUAAAAUGGUCUGACUAUUUACAAUGAGGGUGCACCAGGGCACAAAUGGCACUAUAACCACCACAACACACCACAGUGGUUAUGGUGUUUCAAGUGUUCUUUGACCUUUACAUACAUUGUAUAUAUUGUUACUAAGAAUAUAAGAUAUUUAAAACUGCAAUAUUCUUUUUCAGCUUUAUCUUUUUAAAUAAAACAUUUUCAGGAGGGGUGAAGUUUGCUUGUUACAUAUGUUUAUAGAACUAGUUCAGUUUUGUUAUUUAUUAAAUGUAUAUUGUGCUUUAUUAUAUUUUUUGAUGAAUAUUUUAAUAUUGUUAACAAUUUCAGUAUAUUUUUUUUAAAAGGAGAUUGAUUAAAAAUGUUGUGUCCUGUCCUUUUAUAUUUCUCUUAUCAGAGAUAAUGUUUCAGAAUAAUUUAACUUUUGAAUGGCAAGAUGUUCUUCCUUUGGAUAUCAAUAAAUACAAUAAAAUGUGCCAUAUUAUGAAUAAAAUAUGCGUAAAAAGUACAUUUAUGUGGCCCAUGAGUUUUCUGAAUCCUGCAUUUAUUAAGCAUACUUAUUAAAUUAUAUAAAGUUAAGAGAUUGCAAUAACCAGUUCUUAUGUAUAUGGACUCACAAAGGGUUUUUCACCAAAAUGAGAAUUCAAAGUGAAUUUCAAAGUUAAGGUCGAAAUAAGGUACUAACUGUUUCAAAUGUACCAUCUAUAUCGGCCUUUAUUGUAGGCUAAUAUGGGUGAUACAUUUGUAACAGUUAAUCUGUUAUCUUCACUCAAUUGUCAUAACAAUCCAUUUUGAAAUUAUAUUUAAACUGGGGUAAAAAAAAAUGUCUUCCUAAAAUGAGAGGAUUACGUGAACCAACCGAAACGUAUUUACUGUCAAACAACAUGGGGUAAAACAAUUUGUUUUGUUUCAGUUUACAUAAGGUGUAUGUAGAGUUUACAUAGCAGACUUCGGCUGGAAAGUAAUGAGGUGAAGGGUCAAAAAAUCAUUGCAUAUUUAAAAUACUCACUAUAAAUAUUUCAUCUUGCUGAAUUUGUUAUAGUGCCUGAAGUCCACUGGCGCUGUCCCCUCCAUUGAGUGUUAAACCUUUAUCGAGCAGUUUAACACUGAAUGAAGUUCCUUGGAUUCUUAUAACCCCGCCCACACUAGAGAUGUGGCUAAGGCAGAGAUUACACACUUCCUUGUAGCCAUACUGAUUCAUACCUGCAAUCAUCACAGCGAUAGGCUGAAAGCAGUCAGCUGACAAUCUCAGCAAAACAUUGCUGCUAAAGCUAUUGCUUCGUCAUUAGCGUGAGCAGUACGCGGUGCAUGGGGACUCUUGUUUAGCAUUAAAACUUUAAAAAUGGUAUUAUACUGAAUAGAUGGGCAGUGCCGUAUGACUCCAGACACUAUACCCAGUUCAAUCAGGUGAAACAGUUAUGGUAUAAACAGGAAGAAAGAAAGGAUACAAAGGCGCUUAGAAUAAUGGACACUGGUGCAGCUAAAAAUACCCAAGUGUAGUGUCACCAAAUACACUUGCAAAAGUGAUAAAAUAAAAAGAAAAGGUGAUUAGCGCACACAAAGUAGAAAAGAUAUUACCUUACAUAAAAUAAUGUCUCAGGUAAUCAUACACAUUAGGUAGUUCUUGUAACCUAUACACAGGUAAAUAAAACAUACAUAGUGUAACCUGUAUAUAAUAUCAAAGUGAGGAAUAGCUUUUUUCACACUCACAAUUUCCAGAGCCUUUUUAAAAGUUGGCUCUAAACUUUUAGCGCUUAUCGUCUCCUCCUUGAGACAUAUAGUGCUGGUACAUCAGGUAUGUCCACAGGAACCUGGAACUGAUGAAUUGGCAGCAGACUCCAAAGUAAAUAAGGAGAUAUUUUAUUAUAAC